GUAUUUCUACCAGAGAUCAAGAAGCCAAUCAGACGACUCAAUAAUUAAACGAAGACAAACGUCGUCAAAGUGGACUCUCUCUCUCUCUCCUCUGUUCAGAUUCUCGUUUCUCGAACCUAAGGCCGUCAACAAUCGAUCGAUCGCAUCGAAAUAGCGUCAAUACAAUCUAAGGGUUUCUUGUGGAACUUCUCAAGUGGGAGGAAAAUGGCUUUAGCUUCUGAUGAUCGUCAAGCCACCAGCAUCUGCAACCACUGUGAUAGGUCAAUUCCUUCUUCAAAUAUGGACCUGCAUUUUGCUCAUUGCUCUCGGAAUCUAGAAAAAUGUAAAGUCUGUUGUGAUAUGGUUCCCAAAAUAUUUGCUGAGGAACACUUUCUAAGUACUCAUGCUCCGGUAGCUUGUACCCUGUGCAGUGAGAAAAUGGAACGUGAUGUUUUAGAUGUUCAUAAAGGAGAAAAUUGCCCACAAAGGAUCGUGACAUGUGAAUACUGCGAGUUUCCAUUGCCUGCAAUUGAUUUAUUCAAGCAUCAGGAAGUAUGUGGGAAUCGAACAGAGUUAUGUCCUUUGUGCCGCAAAUACAUUAGACUACGUGAAAUGAAUGGUCAUGAAAGUAGAUGCAACGGAGUUGUCAAUAACGUUGCAGAAUCCUCAAGGAACACGAGGCAACCUGAUAGAGACCGUGGUGGUGCUCAAAGAAGGCCACAACACGAGUUCUCACCAAGGAUGCUCCUAUACACCAUUGCAAUUACAGGAAUCGCUGUACUGUUAGGUUCGCUUUUCUUCCAGAGGAAACCAGGGGACAACGAAAUGCACUAAUUGUGGAGAAUGCUUGUGCAUUGCUAAUAGGCAUCAUCUUCAUUCUGUGUAUUCCAUUUACUCGUAGUAUACUAUAUGCGAAGUUCUAAUUCUACCAGUGUUUUUAAUGCUUUUGAGAACGGGUUAUCCAUGUCAAUCAGUGUAUAAGAUGAGAAUCAACAUUUAGUUGAGUAAAUGAUGGCUGUAAAGGGAGUUGGUAGCAAACAUUAAUUUAACGUGGAAGUUGUAAUUGAAUAAAAUGUUUUUAUUCUCUGUAAUAAUACAGAUAUGUUUCAUGAAA